AUGUCUAAUCUUGCGGUUCAGUCAUCAGAGCUUAAUGAUGAUCAGCCGCCCAGAUACUCCAUGCUUGAGGCGGCCGGAUGGCCCCCAGAAGAGCCCCACGUUCAAGAUGAUGGACGUAUAAGACUGGAUCUUGACUCCAAGCUUUGCCGGACUCUCACAAAGCUAAUUCCGGCGCCGCGCGAGGAACCUGAUCUUUCACAUCCCCCCGGAAGUGGGGUUUGUGACAUUCAUUUGAAUAUUGUUAUUCAAGUUGUCGGAAGCCGAGGUGAUGUGCAACCAUUUAUUGCCUUGGGCAAUGAGCUUCAAUUGCACGGCCACCGCGUGCGUUUGGCCACCCAUAACAUAUUCGAAGAUUUUGUUGCCAAGUCUGGCCUGGAAUUCUACCCUAUUGGAGGAGACCCAUCCGAGCUGAUGGCAUAUAUGGUGAAAAAUCCCGGUUUGAUCCCCCAAAUGAAGACUUUGCGUGACGGGGAGAUCCAGCGUAAAAGGGCAAUGGUGGCGGAGAUGUUGACGGGUUGCUGGGAAUCCUGCAUCAAUGACGAUCCGAUCAGUGGCAUCCCGUUUGUUGCCGAUGCCAUAAUCGCCAACCCUCCGAGCUUUGCACAUAUUCACUGUGCGCAGGCUCUCUCGAUUCCUUUGCAUAUGAUGUUUACUAUGCCCUGGACCAGCACCAAAUCGUUUCCCCAUCCAUUGGCAAACUUGAAAUAUUCAAACACGGAACCGACAAUUGCGAAUUUUGUGUCAUAUGGCAUUGUUGAGUGGAUGACAUGGCAAGGUCUCGGCGAUGUGAUCAAUGACUGGAGGGCGACUUUAGAUCUGGAACCUAUACCGGCGACCGAAGGCCCGUCUCUAUGCGACACUCUUCGGAUCCCUUUCACAUACUGCUGGUCUCCGUCUUUGAUGCCGAAGCCACUCGAAUGGCCAUCGCACAUUGAUGUCUGUGGGUUCUUCUUUCGCUCGCAACCAGACUACAAACCACCCCCGGAUCUGGAUGCUUUUCUUCGAAAUGGAGUUCCGCCAGUGUAUAUCGGUUUUGGCAGUAUUGUUAUUGAAGAUUCUGCUGGGAUGACGGCGUUGAUACUCCAGGCAAUCAAGACGCUAGGUAUUCGUGCAAUAGUGUCUCGAGGCUGGAGCCGAUUGGGCGAAGAAUCCUCGAACGACCAGGUGUUCUAUCUCGAUGAUUGUCCUCACGAAUGGCUUUUCCAGCACGUUUCUGCUGUGGUCCAUCACGGUGGUGCAGGAACCACGGCAUGUGGAUUGCUUUUCGGAAAGUCCACAGCCAUCAUACCAUUCUUUGGGGAUCAACUUUUCUGGGGCAAUUUGAUCGCCUCUCGCGGGCUUGGGCCGAAGCCUAUUCCUCACAAAUCCCUUACUGCGGAAAACUUAGCAGAGGCCAUUCAAUUCUGUCUUCAACCUUCAGCUCAGGCCGCAGCUCGAGAUGUGGCUAGACAGAUGCGGGAUGAAACUGGAGUCAAGACCGCAGUGGCGUCUUUCCAUCGCAAUUUACCUUUGGAUCGUAUGCGAUGUCAUUUGUUGACAUCAGAGCCAGCGGUGUGGAAAUUGAAGAAGGCCUCAAAGCCAAUGCACUUGUCUCGGCUUGCGGCGGAGGUACUUGUCGAGCACCACCGUUUGAAGUCAAGUGACCUGGAGCCUUAUGCAAGCAAUCCAAUCUAUAUUCAAAAUCGUCGAUGGGAUCCUGUCACAGGUACCACUUCCUCUCUCAUUGGCACAAGCACCGAUAUAGUGAAAGCCACAGGCGAUAUUUUCCUCCUCCCAUAUCAAGAAUUCCGUCGUCGUCCUCAUAGCCCGUCGGCAGAUGUCACUACUGAACCUUCGAGCGGUCGUGCUCCUAGCGUCUCCUCCUCGGUCGCCUCUUCGGUGGUCACUGCCAAUAGUGAAAGAAAUUCAAAAAUGAAAACCACAGGUGUCGCUAUGGCUUCUUCAACAAAGAGCUUGGGGAAAGUGAUGGGCCACUUCUAUAAAGGCAUGCUUGUCGACAUGCCUUUGGCUGUGAGUGAGGGGCUAAGAGCAGUCCCGCGAUUGUAUGGCGACGAAGUCAAAGAUCAUGGUGAUGUUCGGGAUUGGAAGUCUGGAACCACAGUUGCAGGUAAGAACUUCGCACAUGGAAUGACGGAAGGGUUCAGUGAUCUAUGGACCCAGCCCUACAAAGGUGGUCAGGAAGAAGGGGCCAGGGGUGUGAUGAAGGGGUUAGCCAAGGGCACUCUUGGAGCUACCACCAAAGUCUCAUCCGCUGCCUUGGGGUUGGUAGCGUACCCAGCCCACGGGAUGAUGAAAAGCCUAUAUACCGCAACGCAUUCAAAGACUCGCAAAAAAAUCAUAGAAGCUCAAAAGAGAGCAGGGAAGUAUACGGAAGAGCAUACAGAUAAGGGAAGAAUUGGUCGCCAAGUUGUUCUCCGCAAAUUUGAAGCGCAACAACGCAUGGAAACCAGAUCAAACAUACAAGAUCAUCAGACUUAG